AUGGUACCCCCUUCCUCGAUGUGUAAUAUAUACGUGGCUGUGGAUCAAUUUUACUGGCAGUAUGUUUCCAUUACAGCUGUUAAUGCUGCCCAUGACCAUCCACAUGAUAUUAGGGACGGCGAUGAACCGAGCAAUGAAAAGCCAGACUGGGGUGAGCAUCAAGUAGAAACCUUAUUGGACCGCAAGGACGUUAAUGGCAGCACAUUUGCUGUGGCCACACUUUUCGAAGACCACGCAUUACAUCACAUGUUCCCAACACUCGAUCACGCCGUUUUAAAAUACCUUCACCCGAGUUUUAUGGACCAUUCCGUAAAAUUUCAGGCGAAUUACAGAGAAUCUACACAGUUCAAGAUAACCGUUGGACAGUUUAAAGAAAUAAUGCAAACGGAAUUCAAAACACGGGGUGAUGGGCUGAAUAUUUUUGCCAAAGAAUUUUUCGCUGUUUUGAAAAUCAAUAAACUUUUUAGCAUGUUAUCAUUAUUUUAA